GUCCGGAUGCGCCGUCAUGUCGUGUCUCUCAUCUAGUCAAAUCAUUCAUUCACCAUUCAGAUUAAUCUUUAGAUGUUAGUGGUUUACUAAAUGCGUGUGUGAGAUAAUUCAGGACUUUGUGUUUGUCACAGUGUGCGUGCCGUUGGCCGCGGCUGUGUGAGGCUGGAGAGAGAGCUAGCUCCAUUAGCAUUAGCAUUAGCCCCGGAGAGCAGCGAGCGGCAGUGACAGUCCGAGAGGCGGGGAGAGAGGUGAGACUGUUAUUCUGAUGGUGACAACACUGAAGACUGUAUGUGCAAACCAUCUGCUAAAUAGUAUCACUUUCACUAAUGUGACAGGAUAUUAGAGGUGCUCGGACAGCAGCGCAUAGAGACAGAGAACCUUUUAUAUGCCUCUAGGAGUUGGACAGAAGCUUUGAAAUGUCUGUUGAUGAGGAAACCAUCAAAACUGGCAGUCCUCAGGCCAGUUCAGCGUCAUCACUCCAGUUAUCAGAUUGCACUGGAGGUUAUGCUAAUAUUUCAGGAAUUGUAGAGGAUUCUGUUGCCACACCAGACUUUGCUGCUGCUUGUCCGUUUCCUGAUUCUGCUGCCUCGCCUAAGCACACUAGCACUAUGGAUGCCCUUACUCACUCUGAACCUGCCAUGCAGAGGGCAAAGGGGAAUGACAAUAACAUUAACCGUAGAAACAGCUUUCAUCAUUCCAAACAACAGCAACCGUCAAGAAUAACAAAGCGGCGCAACACGUCAAGCUUUAGCUUUAAGCACCCAACAUCUGGCAAAAGAAGGCGAAGGGCCAAUUCUGAGAGUGACUCUGUCCUGCCAACAAACUUUCUUUUGGGCGGAAAUAUUUUUGACCCACUGAAUCUCAACAGUCUGUUGGAUGAAGAGGUAAACAAAGCUUUGAACGCAGAGACGCCUAAAUCCUCUCCACUUCCUGCAAAGAGCCGAGACCCAGUGGAGAUCCUCAUCCCCAGGGACAUUACUGAUCCACUCAACCUGAACAGUGGCAUUGCAGACAGCAGCUUUUUGGUUUCCCCUUACAAAAGUGGCGGCAAAAAGCGACACCGUAACAGACAUCAUGGAGGUAAUAGUUGUAGUAAUAUUUCAGCCUCUCAGCACAUUCUGCCUGAUUUAGGAAGAAAUGAAGCCAGAACAGCUUCUUGUCCACAGCAUGGCAAUGCAUUGGCAUCUUCUUCUGCACAAAAUGUCUCCAAAGAGUUGGAUGGAUCCCGAGUGGGGGACUCUAAUGAACACUUGACCAACUGCUCUGGGAGCUGCAAAGAAGAGAUGUCUGUGGAGGAGAUGAGCUCCUCUGUAACAGGAACAAAUCAGCACACAAGCAAACGCAAACGAAGGCGCAACUCUGGCAAAAUGGACCCUCCAGUGACCCAUUCUACUCCCGUUGUAAGGUCUGUCAGAGAUGGUAGCACAGGGGCAUCCCAGUCUUUUUGCACUUCAAAAAUUGGUGCCAAAAGUGGUCAAGGGCCUGGGCCACAUCAGCAACCACAGCGGCAGAGAAAAAAGUUUCAGUAUGGAAAUUACAACAAGUACUACGGCUAUCGCAAUCCAGGUGCAAGCGAGGACCUGCGUAUACGUGUUUUUAAACCUGAAUGGUUUAAGGGAAAAGAUGUUCUAGAUCUUGGCUGCAAUGCAGGGCACCUCACCCUCUACAUUGCCAAAAUGUUUCAACCCGCGCACAUAUUGGGUCUGGAUAUAGACGGUGAUCUGGUGUAUGGAGCCCGAAAGAACAUUCGCCAUUAUCUGUCUGAGCUGCAGACAGAAGAGGCUAGACGAGCAGCUCAGGAGAAAGGGAGUAUUAAAACAGAGGGGAGUGAGCAAAGCCACACUGCCACAGAAAGCACUCACACUGAAACUGUGGGAAAGACUGAGAAUGGGCAGCUGGUGAGAGAGGACAGUGGUCCUGCAGAGGCAGUAAAAGACAAUGACAGUCACACAAGUGCAGCUGGUAGCCAGAGACAGGAGCCCCCUGCUGGCCAUUCUGUCAACUCCACUUUUCCAGUGUCACUGCGCAUCUCCAGAGGUCCCAUAGCUGCACCUCCACUGACAGAGGCGACCAGUGCUCAGCCUGGGUACUUCCCCUCAAAUGUGUCAUUUGUGAAGGCCAAUUAUGUUCUGGAAAAUGACAGCCUUCUUGUGACUCAGCGGCCAGAGUACGAUGUUAUUCUGUGUCUGAGCGUCACCAAGUGGGUUCAUUUAAACUGGGGCGACGAGGGCCUGAAGCGCCUGUUCAAAAGAGCGUACAGACAUCUGCGUCCUGGAGGGGUCUUCAUCCUGGAGCCUCAGCCCUGGGAGUCCUACGGCCGCAAGAAGAAACUCACUGAAAAUAUUUACAGAAACUACCGCAAUAUCAGCCUGAAACCAGAGCAGUUUACGUCUUAUCUCACUAGUGAUGUGGGAUUCACAAGUUAUGAGUACCUUGGAGCCCCCAAAUCUGUUGUCAAAGGUUUUCAGAGGCCUAUUUACUUGUUCCACAAAUGAUUUCUUUGCCUUGAGGACUUGAAUGUGAAGAGGCUUUGUCACCAUACAGACCACCCAGCCAAGGCCUGCACUACAAACAGAUGUGUUAAAUGACUGCACUCAGAAGAUAAAAUUCAUAGCAAAAGGUGGGACCAAAUGUGCAGAAGAGAAGAAGAGAAAGGAGAUUUUGGUGUAAUGUAAAUGACAGCCAAAUGUAAACAUUGGACAGACUACAAAAAUCUUCUCCCCUGAAGAUUUUAUUGUACACUCUCUCAGUGCUGAUAAUGUCAAAGCCACAAUGCCAUGAUGUCUUCACAGCUGUACUGUGUUCUCUUCUUCAUGAUCUUUUGUUAGUAUAACAUUGUCAGCAGUUGCCCAGGCUUUUAAUGCCUUUAAACUCACAACAAACAGUUAUCCAAGUUAUCCAGUCAUCUGUCCCAAAUUCACCCAACUUUUUUUUGUUUUUUUUAAUGUAAAAAAAUAUAUAUUAAAGGCAACAUGCACAAUAACAAACAUUGAAAACAGGUCACAUCUUCCUGGCACAACAGGUACAUAAACAUUUACAUUGCUAUGAGAAAGCUGGAAAGCUUUGGCUCUUUGUGGUGCAGGCUGAGGAUAUUAAGUGUGAAAUCCAAGAAGCAUUGACUUCUUAUCAGUUGCACUUUCUUUAUGAGCUUUGUAUGGUCUAAUAUUGCACUGACUGAUGAUAUUUUUAUAUCUGGAAAUGGAGGCAUUAAUGCAGACAGUUGUGGAUUACAUUUAGUAAUUUGUCAAAAUAAUAUGAUUUUUGGAGGAAACUAUUAAAUUACAUUUUAUCAUUUUUAUAAAAUGAAAAAUAUGACUUUUUAUUAAAUGUAACAGCUGUUUGUAUUAAAGCAGUGGAAAGUAUAUUCCAGAUUCUGUCGCAUGUCCUUUUCAAGGACAAAAAGUUCUAGUGUAGUAGUUCUUGUGACUCAGUCUUUGUGAUUGUACUUAAGGACUGCACAUUUCUGUUGAAAAUUGUUUUACAAUAGGGCGACUGAGUCAAACGCAUCCGUUGAGUAAAUGACGGCUAUAUUUGCUGUAUGCUUUUUAGAAAAUGUAUGGAAAUAUGUUUUGCUUUUCUUUUUUAAGUUGAUAAUUUCUUAUUCCCAAAUGUUUUUGUUUUUUUCAUUUUGAAAUUUUGUCCUGAAAAUUCUAAUCAAGGUAUGAAAUGAGUAUGUGAACAGCAGUUGUAAGUUGUGCUUGUUUUUGUCUGGCAGAUGUUAAGUUAUUAGAGUAGUUCUUUGUGUUUUAUAAAAUGUUUCAAAAAUGUGAUGCGGCACACACAUUUAACAAAGGGUGAAAACCUAUUUUAUGACUGUUUUGUAAAAAAAUAAUGGCAUUACUAAAUAAUUUGAAAAUGGCACCAAAUGGUCAUUGUCAUUAUUACAUAAGACAAUCAAAGUCUCAGGCUUACUACUGAUUUUCAAUGACCAGUUAAAGGGUUUUGCCUUGAAAAUGAUUUCAUGAGUUUCAAAGUUAACUUGGAAAGGAAUAUUGAUUGAUCAGCAUGUUGACAUUUUUGAAACAUUUAUUUUUUUUAAGUGUGAAGUUCAAAACAUCUUAAAAAACAGAAAAUGUUAAGAGAUGUUCAAUUUGGGCAGAUCUGUUAAAAUACAGAGUCAAUAUCAAUUUAACGUUCAGUUCAUGUUAUCCUUGUUUUGCUGGAUAUUGGUUAGCAUUUUGUUUUACUUUAUUUUAUUUACUGUCAGUGAAAUUCAUUGUAGAACCCUUAUAAGGAAACUAAGAUAUGGGUUACAUUGUUAAAAUAGUUUUUUGGAGAUAAAACAUUUUUGCCAUGCUUUC